GCUACACAAACGCGUUGUUGCACGUCAGAACCGCUAGCUCAUUUCUCGUGAACUAAAAAAAUGCUUCAUUUGGUUUGGAAAAGUUUAGUGACGGCAAAGCUGCCUGGAACCUGGACACUAAGUUGAAAUGUUUACAUGCAGAUAACCAGCGGUCAUCGCUCCUGCACCGACUGACUAACCCCGACUACGGUGGAGCAGGGCUGCUUUAGCCAGCGAGUCAAGAUGGAGACCGCAGAGGAAGCGGACAUCUGCCGCGUGUGUCGUUCAGAGGGGACCCAGGAAAAGCCGCUCUAUCACCCGUGUGUUUGCACUGGCAGCAUCAAGUUCAUCCAUCAGGAAUGCUUACUACAAUGGUUGAAACACAGCAGAAAAGAAUACUGUGAACUGUGCAAACACAGGUUUGCAUUUACGCCAAUUUACUCUCCAGACAUGCCCUCUCGCUUGCCCGCGCAUGACAUUUUUGCAGGGCUCAUCUCCAGUAUUGGAACCGCCAUCAGAUACUGGUUCCACUACACGCUGGUGGCCUUUGCCUGGCUUGGCGUGGUGCCUCUGACAGCAUGUCGAAUCUACAAGUGUUUAUUUACUGGCUCUGUGAGCUCUCUUCUUACUCUCCCAUUAGAUAUGCUUUCAACACAAAACCUGCUUGCGGACUGCCUUCAGGGUUGUUUUGUAGUCACUUGCACUCUGUGCGCCUUCAUCAGCCUGGUGUGGCUCAGAGAGCAGAUUGUUCAUGGUGGUGCCCCUCAGUGGUUAGACCAGAAUCAACCCCCACUGGUUCCCAACCAGCCUGAUGGCCCUGCACCAGCUAAUGCUGUUCCCAAUGACGGAGACAAUGCCCAAGCUGCUGCAGAUGCCGCGGCAGCGCUGCCCCUUGCUGAUCCUGCUGCAGAUGGACUAGGUCCUGCAAAUCCAGGUGAGCCCGGUAACCAGGGAGACGGAGAAGAACUGGAUGAUGACGAUGAAGAUGACGAUGGGGAGGAUGAUGACGAUGAGGAGGAUGACGAAGGCAGAGAAGAGGAUGGUGCUGAUGCUAACAAUGGAGGACAAGAAGAUUUGAACUGGAAUGCUCUGGAGUGGGACCGUGCUGCAGAGGAACUGACCUGGGAAAGAAUGCUGGGUCUGGAUGGCUCUCUAGUUUUUUUGGAGCAUGUGUUCUGGGUGGUGUCCCUCAACACACUCUUCAUCCUCGUCUUUGCUUUUUGCCCGUAUCACAUUGGCCAUUUCUCUGUGGUUGGAAUGGGGUUUGAAGACUGUAUCAAAGCUUCACACUUCGAUGGCCUCAUCACCACCAUCCUGGGCUACAUCCUCCUGGCUGGAGCUCUUAUAGUCUGCCAUACGCUGGCUGCGUUAGUGAAGUUCCAGCGAUCCAAACGCCUCCUGGGCGUCUGCUACAUUGUUGUCAAGGUGUCUCUUCUUGUUGUCAUGGAGAUAGGCUUGUUUCCACUGAUCUGUGGUUGGUGGCUUGAUAUUUGUUCACUGGAGAUGUUUGAUGCCACUCUUAAAGACAGGGAGCAGAGUUUUGACUCUGCUCCUGGUACCACCAUGUUUCUGCACUGGCUGGUCGGGAUGGUCUACGUCUUCUACUUUGCCUCUUUCAUCUUACUGCUCAGAGAGGUGCUCCGGCCUGGUGUGCUGUGGUUCCUGAGGAACCUGAAUGAUCCAGACUUCAACCCGGUCCAAGAAAUGAUCCACCUGCCCAUUUACAGACAUCUCCGAAGGUUUAUUCUCUCUGUGGUGGUGUUUGGUUCCAUCGUUUUACUGAUGCUUUGGCUUCCUGUUAGAAUAAUCAAGGUGCUCUUCCCGGCCUUCCUGCCGUAUAACGUCAUGCUUUACAGUGACGCUCCUGUUAGUGAGCUGUCGUUGGAGCUGCUGCUGCUUCAGGUUGUUCUGCCAGCCUUGUUGGAGCAGGGUCACACUCGCCAGUGGCUCAAACGACUUGUUCAUGCUUGGACAUUUACAGCUGGAUAUAUGCUUGACCUACACUCAUACCUCCUGGGGGACCACGAAGACACUGACAACCAGCCAAACAACAACCCUCCUGGUCGCCAUAACAACAACCGCAUUCCCGGCCUAGGGGAGGGUCUACAUGCUGCUCAUCAGGCCAUUCUGCAGCAGGGUGGUCCUGUAGGGUUCCAGCCAUAUCACCGGCCCAUUAACUUCCCACUCAAGAUCAUCAUGCUGGUUGUCUUUAUGUGUGUGACGCUCUUGUUGGCCAGUCUUAUCUGCCUAACACUGCCUGUAUGUGUGGGUCGCUGGCUGAUGUCUUUCUGGAUGGGCAAUGCUAUGGUGCAUGAGCUGUACACAGCAGCUAGUGGUCUGUACGUCUGCUGGGUGUCCAUUCGAGCUGCCACAGUGAUGCUGUCCUGGAUGCCGCAAGGACGGACUGUCAUCAUGCUCAAAGUCCAUGAGUGGACGCUCCUGAUUCUGAAAACCGUUGUGGUGGCACUGCUGUUGGCUGGAAUGAUCCCUCUGCUUUUGGGUCUGCUCUUCGAGCUGGUUGUAGUUGCUCCUCUCAGAGUCCCACUGGACCAGACACCGCUCUUCUAUCCUUGGCAGGACUGGGCGCUGGGUGUGCUCCACGCUAAAAUCAUUGCAGCCAUCACAUUGAUGGGACCUCAGUGGUGGCUCAAAACUGUCAUAGAACAGGUGUACGCGAACGGGAUCCGAAACAUCGACCUCCAUUUUAUUGUGCGAAGACUCGCUGCUCCAGUCAUCUGCGUCCUCCUGUUGUCUCUUUGCCUGCCCUACACCAUCUCUAAAGGUGUUACACCACUACUCGGUGUUCAGCCAGAGAUGCAGAUGCUGGUGGAGAGGAGGAUUUAUCCAUUUCUGCUCAUGGUGGUCACUCUGCUGGCCAUUCUGUCCUUCCAGAUACGACAGUUCAAACGCUUAUAUGAACACAUCAAAAACGACAAAUAUCUGGUUGGACAACGUCUGGUGAACUACGAACGUAAGGCUGAGAGGAGCACGGCCACAUCCUACAGCGCCACCUCCAGGAGCUGAACCAGCUGCAGGAUCAGAGAACGUGAUGGGAGCUGUGUGCUGAAACCCUGUGUGUCCUUCCUGCUCUCCCUCAACCUCACACGCACCUGUUAUCGUUUGGACUGUGCGGUCGUCACGUAAAGCACCAUCAUCUCCUGCAGUUUCAGGUUUGGGAGACAAAAGCCAAAAUUCUCCAACCUCGGUACUGACAGAAAUUUGAAUUUCCUAACAAGAUUGUUUCCAGCCUGUAAAAAUAACACUACUGAAACUCAACAGAACCACAGACGUCCGUCCUAUCAAAUCGAAUGGUGUUGGGUUUUUUUUUUGUCUUUGCUGCAGCUGAUUUUUAAGUUGUACUUUAUUUUAGUGAGACCUGAGCUGAAGUCAGUUCAGUUGAGCAUAGGUUUUACCUCAGAUUGUGCUUCCGUUUGGAUGGUUGUUGUGAUUUGUCUAGGUCACACCGAGUCUCAAGGUUUUCAUAGCUGUGGAUGAACUGUUUGCAUUGUGAGGGGUGUGGCCCUGUAGAUUUGUCUUGAUGAGAGAAAGCUUCUCAGUAAUAAGGAGGGACAUACAUGAUGUAGCAAUGUUAUUGUAUUUGAGGAUUUAGUCAAUGAGUUUUAUUGCUUUUCCAGGUAAGAUGUUGGAUAAUGCUGAGGAAGUUUUUAAAGUGAAGAUUUGGAAAAAGACUAAUACAGUAUGCAGAUGCAACCCAGCGUUUUUAUUGAAGAUGUUUUCCUGUUGUCUUUGUGGCAGUGAUCUGCCACCUUCUUUUAACUGACAGACCUGUGUUGCUGCUGAUUAGCUGUUCACACAUUUACCUGUCCUUGUUUUAUGUACCGUUAGGACAUCUCUCUUAGCCGCCAUCACCGCUGAGCUCAUGACAUGAUUGACAGUGAUUUAGUAUAUAGCAGUGUAACAGUUGCCUAUAGCCUUAGUAGUUUUACACAGGUCUUCAGGUGCUGGAGCAACUGUGUGAAAGCUUAAAUGUUACCAUUCAUAACGUUGGUGUUACAAAAAGAGAUGUUCACAUCAUUGAAAGAAUUACACUGCAGAAACUAGUGUGUAUAAUGAGCUGUUACUAAAUGCCUACAACAACCAGCAUAGCUAAGGUUUAUCACUGAAUGAAACCAGUCACAUGAUCUAUGGUGCUAAUUAAGCAGUUAAAGGAAUACUUUGGAAUUUUAAUACAAUAUUCAGGAUCCCAACCACAGCACAUGCACCUGUGAUUACUUGAUUGUACCUUUUCGCCAGGAGUGUUUUAAAAAAAAAAACACUUCUCCACUGGAUGAUGUCUUCAUUUCCAUGUGUGGUCCUAUCAUUAUCAUUAUUAUUGUUAUUUUAUUUAUUUAUUUUAUAUAUGCAUACAUACACAUAAUGUGCUGAAUGGGGGGGGGCUUUUAAAGUAAUUUAACUUUUAAAGCAAACAGAAUAGUAACUGGUUCCUACAUUUCCCAUAAUGCAAUGUCGUUUUCUAUCUACCCACAUUCAUAUUUCACAUCUUCAGGUUGUAAUGCUAACCCUGAUAACAUCAGUCAUACACUGUGUACUAUUUUCCCAUCAUUGUUUAGCCCUUUUUAAAACAAGUCUGCAACAUGAGAAGCAUAGGUGAAAAACUGUCAUUGCUUAUGUACAAUAAUCUUUACACAAGAAGCAUCCUGAGGAUGACAGACAUCAUUCUCAGUCCAGGCUCUUUAAUUGGGGUAUCAGUGCAGUUUGAUAUUGGCGGGUUUUCCUACAGCGGUUGGCCAAGUGAAGUUUUUCUCCAGCCUUGAAUGUGCUGGAGCAGCUUGUUCACAUUUGUACUUCUGGGGGAAUCGGUAUGAUUUCAAGUAAAUAACACAAUAGUGGAAAAAGAACAGCAGCAGCGUGUGAUGGUCCUGCUCCUCUUUCUGUUCCUCAGGUCUCUAAAAUUCAAUUUCAGUGGAAAAUUUUACUUGGAAAUUGAAAGUAGGGCAUGAAUGUGACUGCCACUAAUCUAAGGGUAAAAUUCAAUCUAAAUCAUGAAUAUUAUUCCUGCUGGGUUCAAAUGGUAGCGGUGAGACUAAUCUGAGAAGUCUCUACUGACGAGUGAAUUCCAGAGUCCUCAGAAGUGACUUCCAUCGUGUUGAUCCGGUGUCUGAAUAUGCUGCUCCUCUGCAUCCUGCAUCUCUCUCUCUCUUUGAUCUUCCACUCACUAUCUUCUGACUCCAUGUGGGAGCCGAGUAGGUAGCGGCACUCGGAGUUGCUCCCUUUGAUCUGCUUGGCUCCUUCAUAAGAGAUGAGUUUGUCACUUUGGGCUUUUGUUUCAGCCUUUUCGUGGAGAUGCGUGCGGAGUGUGCCUUCAGGCAGCCGAUGAGGGGAGCAGGAGCUGUCUGAGCUCACUGUGGAGGUGUGUUGAUGUGUAGGAGAGGAAUACAUCAGCUACAGCAGGAUGUACUGUAUGCAUCACGUGUACUGACAUUUUGCACCAGUUUGACUACAGAUACUUUACAAAGCACACUUGUGUAAUUACUUGUUUAUUUCCACAAAUAGGAAUUUGAAUUCAUGAAUCCACAUCGGUUAAAUAUGUUGUGCUGUUGUAAACCUACAGUAUAUUUAUCUUGAUAUGAUGAUGAACCUUAAUUGAGGCGUCACCUGAAAAGUACCAGGUACCAGUUAUUCUCAACUUCUGCAUGAUGUAAAACUAAAACAACACUGGCAGUAGCACGAGGUGGGGAAAAUUUGUCUCGCUUCACUCAAAUUCAUUUUUGUGCCUAAGCGAGAACCUACGCGAAGGACAGCACAAACUAAAACUUUACAUUUUCUUCUUGCAUUAAAUCACGUCACAGUUAAGUAUGGGGAUGGGAAAACCACAUGCAUACACAGCAAUUUAACAUUGAUUAGGUUAGAACAGCGACACACGUCUCAAGGCUCUGAUGAAUGUGAAGCCAUGACGAUACAUGGUUAGUUUGUCUUUAAAACUGGAAAUGAGAGAAACGGGUACAAGGUGACAGAAUCCAGGAGCUCACAGUUGAGCAGGUUAUGUCUUAUCUGUUUUAUAUGUUUAAAUGAGGUACAGGUUUAUAAUGGGUUAACUAGAUGCAAAGGAGUUUUUAAACUCCCCUAAACUCCCUCCUCUGUUGGUGUUUUCAAAGUGAUGCUUUAUCAUUAUCCCAUAAGAUGUUCCAGUGCUUAUGAUUGGAACAAGCCCAAGUCCUACUUUGAUCUUUUUUUCUUUAAAUCUUAGAGAUGUUUUGUAUUUUUUUCAUUACAAACUGAUGGUAGUUUUUUUUUUUUUUAAAAGCAUUUUUUUUUAAUUUGUUGCACUUUAUCACACAGUUUAUCACAGCAGUCAUUUCAGAAUUCAUUGCAACACAGUUAACAUUGCUGUUUUUCUGUCCAUGCUUUUAUUUUGUCUUCACCUGUUCUAGGAGGUGUCAGUAUUUGACUGCGAUAACUGCACAACAGGUUUUUCUUAAACGGUGGAUUGAAGUUUUGCUUUGGUUUUUAACGCUGCGUUCGUUUUAGACAUGUUUCAUUGUAUGUUUUUGGUAAAUGUAAAAUGCUCCUUUUAUUCUCAUGGAUCGUGAUUUACACUGACUUUAGUGCUAACAGCUGUAGUGCUGCUGCGUGGAAUGCUAUAAAGUGACCUUUUGGUGUCCUUGAACGAAGCUGAACACUUAAAAUUUUAGUUUUGAAUUUCAAUUUCUAGAAGCAAAUGAUUUCUAUUUUUAUAUGUGCAAAACAGGCAGUGGCAUGUACUGUAACAUAAAUACUAAGUUUCAUUAAUCGUUGUCUGGUCAUUUGAAAAAAAUAAAUGGUUGUGAUGAAG